AUGACAGCAAAUACAUUCGGUAUCCAUCAAUUUACAGUUUCGAAAAUGAUUGUUCAGGUCUGUAAUGCUAUUUCAAAAUAUCUUUCACCAGAGUAUAUUACAUUACCUAAAACACACGUGGAAAUGAGAGAAAAGGCAGCACAAUUUGAAACAAAAUUUGGAAUGGUUCAUGCUUUUGGCUGCAUUGAUGGUACACAUGUACCAAUCCGAAGACCUCAUAUGAAUUCUCAAGACUAUUUUAAUUACAAACAUUUUAUUUCAUUGAAUAUUCAAGCUGUUUGUGAUGCACAAGGCUAUUUCAUGGACAUAGAUUGUAGAUGGCCAGGCAGCGUUCAUGACGCAAAAGUUUUUUCGAACUCUGUAGUAAACAACAAAUUAAAACAUGGUACAAUGCCUCAAGUAUACAGCCAUCUGAUUCCUGGUCAUGUUCAACUAACCUAAUUACCUGAUUGGUGGUCCGGCCUACCCCUCACCCCAAAUUGCAUGAAAGAGUUUCAGACUUGCAAAAUAAAUGCAGAGGUUAUAUUCAAUAAUAUAUUAAGAAGUGCUCGCAAUCCCAUUGAGUGUGCAUUUGGACGUCUAAAAGCCAGAUGGUCCAUCUUGACAAGGAAAAUGGAUCUUCAACUGCAAAUAAUUCCAAAAGUAGUGCAUGCAUGUUUUGUGCUUCACAAUUUUUGUGAGCUACAUGCAAAUACCAUUGAUGAGGAAACUGUGAACUCUCAAAUGCAACAAAAUAGACUAGAAGAGGACAAAUAG